AUGGCAGAUCGCUUCAGCGCCGUCCGAGUCUUUCUCGUCUGUCCCCGUGCUGCCAUCGUCCGACAUCCGCCUCUCGCGCAAUCGCCGCGCCCCUCUUUCUCGUACAUAAAGGUUUGUCCGUCGUCUCUCCCGCCUCCCAGCGUGGUUUUCUUUGUCCUCUCGUCUGCAACCCGUCCCUUUGUACCAGCUGCAUAUAUACCAACCUCCCUCUCGCAUCCCUUCCUUCUCAAAACGAUGGGUGAAGCGAUGACUGACUACUUCCCUCCCACUCCUCCUACGGAUACAGACGCUAAAUACAGCAUGCCCAACUCCGUUGUUCCCAAUGGUGCUGCCCCGCCGCCCAACGAGCCCACCAAGACAAAGGGCAUGCCCAACAAAAUGUCCCUCACCCUUUCUCAUCUACCCAGCAAGAAGGAUAUCAAGGUUGUCUAUCCAAGAACCCCGUCUUCUAUUGACCCCAACAAUCCGCCAUGGCCCGCCUUCCGUGGCUAUCAUACCUACUCCUUCGCCUACGCGACUAUGGGCCACCGUCUUCCCACCAUCUUGAGUAAAGCCAUUGACGACGUCGUCGAAACUCUCAACCAAGAAUCUGAGGAAGAGAGGGUCACUGACCUUAUUGAAUGUAUAAGCCGCAUGGAUAAAUUGAAGGAAGAUUUGCAGUCUCAGGCACGCCUUCGGCCUAUUAUUGACGAUGGGGAGGCCGACGUCGCACUCUGGAACAAAGAAAUUGCAAAGUACUUCCAAGGCAAGGAUUUCAUGAACGCGCCGUGGCUAUUCGCGGAAGCGUACAAGUAUCGACGUCUGCGCGAGUGCUUCAGUGUAAGCAAGUACUGGCAACAUUAUGACGUUUUCUUCCGCCAAAAGUGCGACACUUUCUCUCGGUCUGGUGAUGCCGUAUUCGAGCUCUCGACUCGUUUCUUGGAGCCGUUCAAACAUAAGGAGGGUUUGUCGGAUGCUGAGAAGCUCGAGGCGGAGCGUCUUAUGUUUAUGGAGCUAACGCAAAUCUGCCUUUGGGGCAACUCCACUGACCUUUCGCUACUAAUCAACAUGACGGAGGAGCAGAUUAAAUCCUUGCAGUCGACGGGUGGUGAACACCUCGCUGCAACAGAGAAAAAUAUUUUGGGCAACGACAUGGCGCGUUUGUGGGAGACAAUGAAAAAUCUCAAAACAAAUACGGGUGGACGAAUUGACUUCGUGCUGGACAAUGCCGGUUUUGAGUUGUAUUGCGAUUGCGUUUAUGCGGACUUUCUUAUUCAGAGCGGGCUUGCGAAAGAGGUCCGCUUCCAUGGCAAGCGCUAUCCCUGGUUUGUGUCGGACGUCACAAAGAAGGAUUGGAACUGGCUUCUCAACUCAAUGGUUUACGGGCAUUUAUUCCCAAAGGCAACAGACGAGGAAAUGGAGAGUCUCCGGAGACUUGGCUUAAGGUGGAAGCAAUACGAAAAGGAAGGCAAAUGGAUUUAUGAACAGCAUCCGUUUUGGUGUACGGGGUACACCUACUGGGACCUCCAUAGCGAAGCGCCCGACUUGUUCCUUCAUCUUUCUCGCUCGGACCUCGUCAUCUUUAAAGGUGAUCUGAAUCAUCGUAAACUGACUUACGACUGUGCUGCUCCACCAUCGACUGAGUUCGAGAUCGCCAUAGGUCCGAUGGCAUCUGCAGCCGGUGCUCCUCGUAUUUGCAGUCUACGUACCAUCAAAAGCGAUGUCGUCGUCGGCCUGGGUUCGGAUGGUGAUGUACUUGCGGAGAAGUUAGAUACGGAGGAAGCAGGUUGGAAGAUCAGCGGCAAAUAUGCUGUUGUACUCCUAUCUGAAGGCCGACCGGGAGAGAAAGUCCGCUUUGCUUAA